UUCGUGAGGGGGUACAAAAGCUGGGAACGGCCAGCCUGGUAGAAGCCCACGAUGGGCUCCUCCACGAACACAGAUAUCGGGGCAAGGCAGGCCGUGGAACCAAGUAAAUUUAUCAUCGCGUAAAACCCCCCAAACCCUCCGUCCUUUUUUUCUCUCUACUCCACUCUCUCUCUCUCGCUCGGGAUGCCCUGAUCGGUUUCUUGAUUGAUCCGUCGCUUUCUGUUCUGCCUUUAUCUCCAAUUCCUCCUCUUCCUCCUCGAUCAUUCCCCUCUCGGAUCGAUUAUCUUGGAGCCGUGAAGCGGCGCCGUGAUAGGGGUGGGUGAUCGAUCUCCAGUUGUUUGAUUCUUUCUCGCUUUUUUGCUUUGCUUUGCUUGGAUCAAAUAAGAAGAAGGGCGAUCGAUGGAGUCGGGCGGCGGGCUGGAACAGAGCCGUCCACUGACGGUGGAGGAGGAGGCCCUGAAGAGGAACACCGAUUGCGUCUACUUUCUGGCGUCCCCAUUGACAUGCAAAAAGGGAACUGAGUGUGAAUAUCGCCACAGCGAGGGUGCCAGGGUUAACCCCAGAGAUUGCUGGUACUGGUUAAAUGGUAACUGCUUGAAUCCAAAGUGCACGUUCCGGCAUCCGCCGCUUGAUGGUCUGCUUGGAAUGCUGGGGACUACUUCAGAAUUAGCACCACCUCCCUCACAAACUGUGGCAUUAACACAUGUUCCUGCAGCACAUGGUCCUGCUGGUUUUAACUUAAAUAAGCAAAAUGUUCCUUGCUAUUAUUUUCAAAAGGGGCAUUGCUUGAAAGGUGAUAGAUGCCCUUUCAUGCAUGGACCACAACAAAGAGAUAAUCCUGUUCCGCAGCAGUAUUCAUCUCCUCCUGAUGCUGUGUCACCCCUCAAGAAAGAAUCAUGGUGUCUUAAGGAACGUACCUCUCAGCAAAGCAUAAGUAAAUCAGAUUUUGACAAGCCAAUUGAAGUGCCACUUGCCCCUGUUAAACCAGCUGGAAAAUCUGAAAAUGUACUCAAUAAUGGUUUUGCAAUUAAGGAAACUGCGUCACCUUAUCCAUCAGAAGAUGGGCUUCCCAUGUUCCAGCAAAGCAAUGUUCCUGUCGGCAGUGGUAUUGCUCUGGGCUGGCCACGAAGUCGGCAGUCUCAGCCUAUAGAUGAUUACCUCCAGAAUGCUAGAGAAGCCGAUGAGUUCUUGCGAGAGUCAUCUCCUGGUUUUGACGUUCUUGUAAAUAAUAUGGAAGACUCUGAAUACUUCUGCGAUGAAGGUGACUUUGAAAGAGUGCCUGUUCAAGAUGCAAGGAAUCUGAACCAUGUCAGUGACUUCGAUUAUCACCAUUCUGACUAUGAGUCUGUUCCUAGUUUAGAGAGAGACCAGGAUAAUGGGGUGGGUGUGCAUGACAGGCAUGGACAAUUAGAUAAUCACUAUGGUCGGGAACAGCAAAGGACUUCCUCUGAGAGGAUUCUAGAAAGAGCAUCAAUGCAUGAAAAAAGAAUGCUGCAGGGGCAGGAGAGCUCUCAUGACAUAGAUGGGUCGGAUUUGCGCCAUCGGUUAUUGAAGCAAAGAAAGCUAAAUGGUUCGAAAUCGAUUUUCAGUCCUGAUCAUUGUGGCAAACUCUAUCAGAGGCAUAACUACUUUGUUGAUAAGGAGAGGUACCGUGCUCAUCAUGCCUGCAGGGGUCCCCGACUUUUUCCCAUGGAAAGCUCUGUAAACAGUCGUCUGCAAGGUAGAAUAACUCUUCCUACCAGAUCGUCAGCAGAUCGGCCUAUUGAUCUGCAGUCAGAGGGAAACCGAGAAAAAGGAAGACACCAAGAAAGAUCAUCACCUGCGAGGCCUGUAAAUUACAAGGGAAGGCACCACGAUAAAAUAAAGAGGCCUGUUGUCUCAGAUGUGAGGAAUCCUGUUGUUCAGCCCAUCAGAAGAGAAGAAGUGGAUCCUCUAAACUUCGCAGGUCCAAAAAGUCUUGCAGAGCUCAAAGGAGCAAAACUUUCAGAGAAGUUACAAGACCAGAAAAAAAUCAAGAUAGGGAAACCUUUGGGCCAUCAAGAAUCGGAUGAUUUUCUUUCAUUCGGGGGUCCAAAGUCUCUGAGUGUCAUUCUGAAGAGGAAAAGAGAGAAUGCUUUUGGAAAUGGUGCAAAUUGCUGCAAUGGGGAUAAAAAUACUGAGAGAGACAAUGUAGGUGGGAUUGGUUCUUCUAUCUUGGUAGCAACAGAGAGAGAAGAUGAUUUUACUGCCAACUGCUGUAAAGAAUCCAAGGUUGCAGGAGUUGAUGAAGAGAAAGAAGUAGGUAUCAUCCCUAUGGAAGGGGAAGAAUUACCUAAUGAUGACCAAGCUUCAGCUGGAGGACAUACACAUGAAGUGGAAGAUGGCAUGAUAGCGGGUGCUACAGAUGAUCAGGAGCUGGAAAAUUAUGGCCAGAGAGAUGGAGAGUCUGACUAUGAGGAAGUUGAUGAUGAGGAAUUCAAACCAGAAGAUCAUGAGAACUCAUACCAGGAGGAUGAAGAGGAUGAUGAAGAUGACUUUGCUAAGAAGGUUGGUGUCAUGUUCUCUUGAAGAGUGUGUAUUGGAGGUUCAUUUCUUUGAGUGAAUGAAGAGGCACCAGAGUCCAAAGAUAUCAUCUUUGGAUCUCUUGGAGAAGUGUAAUGGCACCACAAGUGGUUGCCCUUUUUAUUCUAUCAGGCUGGUUGUUAGAAUAGCUCCGGAUGGAAAGCUAGGGUUGUUUGAAGGUUGACCAUAUGAGUUGUAAUUUUUGUGGCCCUGUAGUUUUCUUAACGGGGUUCUUUGGGCACUUGAAUUGUAUUAGAUGCCUAACAGAUAUUUAUUUGCUCUACAUUUUAACCAGAUUUAUAAGGUUAUGAAUCACCGUUAAAGGAUUUGCUCCAGACUUUGGUUGAGUUUCA